AUGGUAAGUAAAGAUGAAUCAUGUGAACUAUUAGGACCUGUGUCACUUUUUAUACAGGUUUUCAUGGGCAUAAUAGGCGUGAGUUUCUUACUACUGAAACGUGAGUACGAGCAUCCUAAACGCCCAUGGAGAGUAUGGCUUUAUGAUAUCGGCAAGCAGGUAACAGGUGCGGUAGGCGUGCAUUUCUUUAACGUAUUGACAAGCGUUUCAGAUGCGCCUAUGCCAUAUCCGAAAUUGAAAUCGAUGCAAGGUGACAGCAAUGACGACAGCGAAUGCGAUUGGUACUUUGUGAAUUUACUAAUGGACACCACAAUAGGGAUACCGAUAAUUUGGUUUUGGUUAAGUAUUAUCCAAUCCUGUCUGGCGCACUUAAAUGUUUCGAACAUAGAAAGCGGCAACUAUUAUUCUCACUAUGACAAAAACGCUCUAGAUAAUCAAGAAUACCAUAAUAUCCGCAGCAAACCAAUUGUAACGGCCUUCGUCAAGCAGCUGCUGAUCUUCCUCGCGGGCCUCUCGUUGAUGAAGUUUUGCGUCUACCUUAUUCUGCGCUACUUUGCGGGCGCAGCAUACUGGUUUGCAGAUAUUAUAUUAGGAUGGUCAGACCCUUGGCCAAACUUUCAAGUAUUUCUUGUAAUGUUUGUUGCACCUAUUGUAUUCAACUGCUUCCAGUACUUCUGCAUCGAUAACAUAAUCAAACUAUCGUCCGAGAGCCUCAGAAGGCAGAAUGUAGAGAAUCUAAUUGGAAGUGUUCCGUACCUAGAUAGGAAUAUAAUCACAACAAACAACCGCCGCCCUAAAAAGGCCAAUUACGGCUCAAUAGAAUGA